CCGAACACUUCCGGGUCGUUGGUCACUCGUCAAAGCUACACGGCAACUGUUAAACUAACCAGUUUAUCGAGCUCGGCGGGGAAAAUGUGGCGCCUUAAUCAUUAGAAUCCCAUUACCGCUUGCUUUUUUUUUGUGGCAUGACAGAUUGCAAGUAGAUGUCCUCACGUUUGCAACGACUGCCUUGACAUGUCGAAGUGAAAAUGAUCCAUUUCACGGUCGCAGUGGAGCCGCCCAUUAAUGUUUGAAUAUAAAGAAGCACCAUCGGGGCAGCGGCCAGCAGAGCCGCAGACAGGAAGAGCUGCCAGAUUCGGGACAAGGAAAACUGGAUCAAGCACGAUGGGGGGUUCGAUGGGACCGGUUCUGCACUGGCUGCACGAUGUGGCAGCCGUGACUCUCCUGAAGGCCCGGAGGACUUUAUUCCAAGCUGCUGUACUUUUCUGUGUUCUGGGUCUGCUGCUCUGGGUGUCCAUUUUCCUUUACGGUAGUUUCUAUUAUUCCUACAUGCCCACCGUGAGCUUCUCCGCCCCUGUGCACUUCUACUACAGCUCUGAUUGUGAUGCGUCAGAAUCAGAACUUUGCUCAUUCCCAACGGCCAACAUCUCCCUCUUGAAGAACGACAGGGACCAGGUGAUGGCUUACGGCCAACCUUAUCGAAUAUCUUUGGAGUUGGAGCUGCCAGAAUCUCCUGUGAAUGAAGAACUGGGCAUGUUUAUGGUCAAGAUGUCGUGUUACACCAAAGGUGGGAAGAUGUUGUCAUCCGUCAGACGUUCAACAAUGCUUCAUUACCGCUCCACCCUUUUGCAGACCCUCAGCACUUUCUUCUUCUCUCCUCUCCUGCUGACUGGAAUGGCUGAACAGAAGCAGCUCAUAGAAGUCGAGCUGUUCUCUGCCUACAAGACCAACACUUAUCAACCCACCGUUGGCACAGUCAUUGAGAUCCAAUCCAAACGUGUGCAGAUCUACUCAUCCCAGCUUCGCAUCCAUGCGUAUUUCACAGGCGUCCGUUAUGUCCUGUACAACUUCCCCCUGACUUCUGCGGUGAUCGGUGUGGGCACCAACUUCGCCUUCCUUGGUGUGAUUGUGCUUUUCAGCUACCUGCAAUUCAUAUGGGGUGGGCUUUGGCCGCCGGAUCAAGUACGCAUCAAAGUCAUGAUGGGGGACAGCACACGCAUGCAGCAGAGGAGGGAGGAGGUGAAGAAACGCAUGGAGAAAGAAAAUUCCCAGAAGGAGCUUGAUUACCCAAAAGUGAUUGGAUCUAUGAAUGAUGCAUCUGAUGACCAGGCUGAUGACACGGUGGCGACGCAGUCAUCAAAAACAUCCUUUGUGGAAGUAAAUGCCACUGAAGCCGAUGUUCCCAAUUCCAAAAUGGAUGUGUCUCCUGACUCGGUAUUGCCCGAGGAAAUAGAGCAGCGUGAGACAACACUCCGACAGAGAUCUGGGCAAUCAAAAAGCCUUUAGACUAAUGGGGCAUCUUGAAAUUAAGAAUACUUAAGAGUGUAUAAACGGUACUCAAAUAUCAUUCCAUUGGAUAAAGUAGCAGAUCUUAACACAAACGAACGCACACUAUUAGAGGUCAAGAAUAUGUAGCACAGUGAGAAUAUAUUAUGCAUAGUUUUAUUCCGUCUUGAUAAGAGACAAUAUUUCUGUCAAGUGUCAAUUGGUCACUGUAAUGCACUCCUAUAAUCUGCAAUUUGUCUACAACUAUUAAAAUGUUACACGGCUUGUUUUUUUUUUUAAAGAUAGCGCACACACUUAAAAAAAAAAAAAAAAAAAAAAAGUCAGGUUAAAAUGUGGAAUGUCUCUAAGACGUUGCUUUUUCCACAAAGCUCUUCACAAGCAGUUACCCUAGAAAAAUACUAUC